AUGAUGGGCAUCAAGAACGUCGUCUUGCUCUCUAUUGCAGCUCUUGCUCAGAUUGGCAACUGCACACCUACAGGCCAAACUGAGCCACCCAUCCCAGAGCUCGCUCGUCGUGCGCCAAACACUAUCUGGAUCUGGGCUGGCCCUAACUAUACCGGCCCAAGCCAGAGCCUGACUUACAACACCGUUAAUGAGUGCAAGGCCAUUGGCUGGGACACGAUUGGAUCGAUUUGGUUGCCAGAUAACGUUGUCUGCACAUUUACCGUCAAGCCCGGCGACUGCCAGGAUGAUGUUGGCAACUUCCGAUCCCAGACUAUCUUCCCCUCCGGCCUGGCAGAUAUUCGCCAGUGGUAUGAGCCAAGAAAGGCCGAUUUCCCGGCUUACUGGUUCCACAAUGCCCGGUCAAUCCAGUGCGGUGGAGCAAACUUUUAG